CGCGCUUUUGCAGCGAUAGUGUCUCUCGGUGGGCCCUGGCGUUGCAACGUUGCAAGGGCUGGAAUUCCGCGCCCCCCCACCCCCCAACCUCCGACUCGAGGUUGCCGCCCAGCUUGGGCAGCCACGACCCCCCGCCCCCGGAGUCCUCAAGACCUGGGCCGGGUGAGCGGAGCAGGGUGGGCGCGAUUCGGGAGGGAGGAGACGCACUCGGGCUGCGGCCAAGUGGCGCCUGAGAAUCAGGGGGGCCCUAGGUAGGGGCUCGGGCAGGACAGGAGCCGCCCCCGGUCUGGGCACCUGAAGCGUCACAUGGGGCGUGGGGUCCCAGGCUGACCUGGCCCCACUAGCUUCGGUCGCUCAGACCAGGCGCCUCCCGCUCCACGCCCCCCCCACCCCCCACCCCGUGCUUCUGCGACCUCUGCAUCGCUCUGAGAGCAAAGUGUUUCCUGCAGCCUGACCCUGUCCGUGCCCCAGGAGGGGGUCAUCGCGCUGCAGCCCGUACCCCGUGCACUUCUGGGGUUCCCCCCCAUCUACUCCCCAGGGUCGUGUGGACUGGACCAGUGCUCCUUCCCCGGGCGUGCCACCUGUGCUGCUCUGCAGUGGGGUGCCGCUGGGGGGGUGGGGGCGUGCCUGGCCCCAUGCUCCCGGCCCCGCCGAGUGGGAGCGGGAUCCCCGAGGCCAGGCCCUGGCGUGGGGGUCCCUGGGCCGGGUGCUGCUCUCUCCGCCCACCCCACCCUAGGGCUGCACGUUUGGCCGGACGCUGGAGGGGAAACCUCAGGGGCUCCCUCCUGGCUUUGUCCUGCAGGUCGAGGCCCCCGGCGUCCCCCGUCCCCGAGCGAAGCUUAUGGCUGCUGAGCAGAGACCACCCCGGGCCCAGGUGCCUGUGACCUUUGAGGACGUUGCAGUGUGCUUCACCCGUGAGGAGUGGCGCCGGCUGGGCCCGGGGCAGAGACGUCUGUACCAGGAGGUGAUGCUGGAGAACUACAGCCACCUGGUCUCCCUGGGAUUAUCCUUGACCAAACCCAGCGUGAUCUCCUUGCUGCAGAGAGAAGACUCCUGGAUGGUGAAAAGAGAAGGUUCUGGAGACGCCUGUCCUGGAUGGAAGGGCAGCAGUCAGACGGCCAAGCCGACUCGCACCCGAGGCUCAUGCCAGGAGCUGACGGGGAAAAGCGCUACCAGGAAGGGGCCCCUGGACUUCAAAGCAGCCAACAGCUGCGCCCCCAAAAACAGAGCGGAGAAGAAAGAAAGUGUCCAGCCAGCCUUGCUCGCCCACCGGAAGGCGCUGGCCGCAGGAAGGAGGCCCAGGAAUGCUGACCCUGCCCAGACCUGGCGCCCAGAGACAGACCUCGAGGGGCAGCAGAGGGUUCCCCAGGAAAACCCACCGCCCACCAGCAAACUACCGGGAAAGCGGUGCAGAUGGAACCCGGCUUUGCCCACGGAGCCCCAGCGCUUGCAGUGCAGCUUCUGUGAGAAGACCUUCAUCAACACGUCGUCCCUCCGCAAGCACGAGAAGAACCACAGCGGGGAGAAGCUGUUCAAGUGCAAAGAGUGCUCCAAGGCCUUCAACCAGAGCUCGGCUCUGAUCCAGCACCAGAUCACGCACAGCGGCGAGAAGCCCUACAUGUGCCCCGAGUGCGGGAAGGCCUUCACCCUCAGCACGUCGCUCUACAAGCACACGAGGACGCACACGGUGGAGAAGUCCUACCGCUGCAAAGAGUGCGGGAAAUCCUUCAGCCGCCGCUCUGGCCUCUUCAUCCAUCAGAAGAUCCACGUGGGAGAAAACCCGCAGAAGUAUCACCCGGGCAGGAAAUCUGCCCUCCCGGAGGCUCCGAGGCCCAACGCCCGCAAGAAAUCCUACCUGUGCAGCGCCUGCGGCAACGCCUUCAAAUCCAGCUCGUCCCUGCGCUACCACCAGCGGAUCCACACGGGGGAGAAGCCGUUCCGGUGUGGCGAGUGUGGCCGCGCCUUCAGCCAGAGCGCGUCGCUCAUCCAGCAUGAGCGGAUCCACACGGGCGAGAAGCCGUACCGGUGCCACGAGUGCGGGAAGGGCUUCACAUCCAUCUCCCGCCUCAACCGGCACCGGCUCAUCCACACCGGGGAGAAGUUCUACAGCUGCGGCGAGUGCGGGAAGGCGCUGAGCUCCCACUCAACCCUCAUCAUCCACGAGCGCAUCCACACGGGGGAGAAGCCGUGCAAGUGCAAGGUGUGUGGGAAGGCGUUCCGGCAGAGCUCGGCCCUCAUUCAGCACCAGAGGAUGCACACCGGGGAGCGGCCCUACCGGUGCGGCGAGUGUGGGAAAAGCUUCAGGUGCAACUCGUCCCUGGGCAACCACCAGCGGAUCCACACCGGGGAGAAGCCCUACCGCUGCGAGGCCUGCGGGAUGGCCUUCGGGCAGAGCUCGGCGCUCAUUCAGCACCGCCGCAUCCACACCGGCGAGAAGCCGUUCCAGUGCGGCACUUGUGGGAAGACGUUCCGCCAGAGCUCGUCCCGGAUUGCCCACCAGAGGAUCCACACCGGGGAGAAGCCCUAUGAGUGUGCCACGUGCGGGAAGCUCUUCAACCACAGGUCCUCCCUAACCAACCACUAUAAAGUGCACAUGGAGGAAGACACCUAGAAAGUCCCCGUGGCCCUCAAGCCAAAAGUGACUGGACAUCAUGCCGUAAGAAUAGGAUAAUGCACAAGUGGAAUGGCUGGGAAAGCCCGCUUUUCUCUAUGGUUUUGGCCUUAGAGGCAUUCGAUUACAAGAAGAAACCUUGGCUGCAUCAGGAGGAAAGUGGGAAUUCUUUGGGGUCCGGCACUUUGGACACUGACGUGUCGAACUUAAACUGGAGACAUGGACUUUUAAAAUGUGGAACAUAGCAAAAAAAACAAGAAAACAAAAAACCUCACGGGCUGGAGCAAUAGCACAGUGGGUGGGGCGUUUGCCUUGCACGCGGCCAACCCAGGUUCGAUUCCCGGCGUCCCAUAUGGUCCCCCGAGCACUGCCAAGAGUAAUUCCUGAGUGCAUGAGCCAGAAGUUACCCCUGUGCAUUGCCGGGUGUGAUCCAAAAAGCAAAAAAAACUAAAAACAAAUAAAAUGUGGAACAUAAACGAUUCGUCUUUGUCUGUAGCAUCAAGUCCUAGGUAGCGUGUGCCAAGUUCUUAAACAUCAUGGCGUGGGCAGAGAUGUGCACUGGAGUUCUCACCUGAAAGACCUGAUUGGGGGCGGGCACGAGAGGACAGCAGGAGGGUGUUUGCUUUGCAUCCCACCAACCCAGGCUUGAUUCCCCUGGUCCCCAUCAGAAGUGAUCCCCGAGCACAGAGGCAGGAGCAAGUCCUCAGCACUGUGGGUGUGGCCACAAGCCAAAAACAAACCUCAUUGGUAUUUUUCUUAAGUAUCUUUUUUUAUAGCAACAUUUUAGUAGUAUAUGCAAACCUGAUGAAGGGAAUUACACAUUUUUAGAGGAAGGGACUAAAUUAAAGAUAAAACUGGACUCGGGAGCCAGAGGCAAAGGAGAGCGGUGAGGGCGUUUGCCUUGCACACAGCCAACCUGGGUUCUAGCGCAGGCAUCCCAUUUCGUGUCCUGGGCCCACCAGGAGUGAUUUCUGAGUGCAGAGCCAGUAGUAACCCCUGACCAAAAAAAUAAAUAAAUAAGUAAUGGAGUCUAAGCUACCUCUCAGUUUCUGAGGCUUGUCCUUUUGUGUAUCCAGCAUUGUUUUGUGCAUUGAAAUUGAUUCAGAUAAAUAUCCUUUAUCUUCUUCCUUUGGUUCUAGUAAUUGCUGUGGAUGUCCCCAUCCACAGCAAUCUGCUUCCUAAUUCACUUCUCAGAAUUUAAUUGCUCAGAUCUUUUGGUUAUGAAUCUGUACACGCUA